AUGCAUAAAAAUGGACUUCGAAGCUUUAUUAUUAACCCAGUAGAAACCAGUAAAGACACCAGCAGGUAUAAAUCACCAAAUGCAUUACCAAUGAAUAGCAUCACGGGUAUACAUACCGAUGCAGAAGUG